AUGGAUCAGUCCAAGCCAAGAGGACCAUUUUGUAUUAGUCCGAACCUGGAAUUUGUCAAAGUGAAGAGCAUCGGCGAGGGAAGCUUUGCGGUUGUAGACUUGGUGAAGACGGUAAAGGGUGUUCCGAGGUUACUCGCUGUUAAAUCUUCGCCGUCACCGAGUUCUUCGCUUCGAAAGGAAUACCGGAUCCUUCGAGAGUUUAUCGGUUUCCCCAGUAUCGUUCAAUGCCACGGUGAUCGGUUUUUGAGCAUCGAUGAACUCGAGGUUGAAUAUGAUAACGUGUUUCUCGAGUAUGCCUCCGGCGGGAGCCUCCUCGAUUUGAUCGGUAGAUACGGCGGUAGAAUACCGGAAUCUGAGGUUCGACGUUACACGAAGAUGAUACUCGAAGGGCUUUACUAUGUUCACCAGAAAGGUUACGUGCAUUGUGAUAUCAAACCAGAAAACAUUCUUGUUUAUCCAUUGGACGAAUCUGGUUCUCGUUUUAAUUUGAAGUUGGCUGAUUUCGGCUCGGCCAAGGAGCCCGGCGAACAAGACCGGAAGCCGGGUCGGGGUUGUGUUCAGGGUACCGCGCCUUACAUGUCGCCGGAAUCUGUGAAGCAUGGAGAAAUCAGUGCUGCUUUGGAUGUAUGGUCUUUAGGGUGCGUUGUUAGGGAGAUGAUGACCGGAUUACAUCCGUGGGAACGUCUGGUGAUCGAUUCGGAAGACUCGGCGACGACGAGUGAUUGCUCGAGGGAUGUACCGGAUGUACCCCGAGAUAUGUCGGUGGCCGGAACGGAUUUCUUGAACAAGUGCUUUGAUUUGGAUCCUAAACGACGUUACACUGUUGAUAAGCUGAUAGGGCAUCCUUUUGUGUUUAGCUGUUGA